AUGAGCAUGAGCAUGAGCAGCAUAAACACUCGCGUACAUUCAAAGAUUAUUGCGCAUGCUGCCAAAUACCCAGAAGCCGCUAUUAAUGGGGUUUUGAUAGGAAGGAUAGAGGCGAAUGAGGUGGAGAUUAUUGACGCUGUACCGGUGCAGCACCUCUGGAACACGCUCUCAGUGGUGAUGGAAAUGGGACUGGAAAUGAUACACACCCACGCACGCUCCAAAGGUAUGGAUUUGGUGGGCAUGUACGAGGCGUCCGAGAUUUUGGAACAGAAUCCAACGCUGAGCUCAACUGGAAUACAAAUACUAAACAGAAUUAAGAUGAAUGCUGGUAAUAGCAAGCACGUAGUCGGUGUAGCUGUCGGUGGAAGCACUGAGGACAAGCAAUGGAAAGGCUACACCCUACAUUCAUUCAAAGCAACUAAUUCCCAGUCGCUCUCCAAGGUUACUCUCCCCGUCGCCAACGUCGACACAGCCAAAAUCAAGACACUAGUUGAUUACUUGAAUGAUCUCGACAACCACCUCUCGAAUAACAGCCUGGAUUGGAUGGAAAAUAGAGACUUUUUGGGAGUUGGUAGCUUUGGUGUUGUUUACAAGGCCCUCAAUCGCACAAAUGAUGAAAUCGUCGCUAUCAAGAUAAUCGACUUGGAACAGAGCGAUGAAGAUAUUCAGCAUAUCCAACAGGAAAUACAGCAUUUGGCUGCUUGCCAAUCUGACUACGUUACCAAGUACUACGCGUCUUUCAUGGAUGGAUUUAAGCUUUGGAUAGUUAUGGAACUGGCCGUCGGUUCUUGCUUGGAUGUCUUGAAGAAGAAAGUUGAAAUCCGGCAAGAACAAGUCGCGACUAUUUGCCGUGAGCUGUUGAGAGGAUUGCAGUAUCUUCAUUCAGAGGGCAAAAUCCACCGAGACAUCAAAGCUGCAAACGUUCUUCUCUCCGAUACUGGCCAAGUUAAGCUCGCUGACUUUGGCGUGGCUGCUCAAAUCUCAGAGCGCAUGUCGAAGCGAAAUACUUUCGUCGGCACCCCUUUCUGGAUGGCACCUGAAGUUAUACAGCAGACUGGCUACGACACUCGCGCCGACAUAUGGUCACUAGGCAUAACAGCGAUCGAACUAGCUACUGGUCUCCCUCCACUCUCUGACUUCCAUCCCCUCAGAGUACUCUUCCUUAUACCAAAAUCAGCUCCUCCUCAACUAGAAGGCGACCAUUUUUCAGACCUGUUUAAGGAUUUUGUUGGUCAGUGUCUCACCAAAGAUUUUCACUAUAGACCCUCAGCUCCAGCUUUGCUCAACCAUCCGUUCAUAGCAACAGCACAAGAAACCAAUAUAUUGCACCCACUCAUCGAAGUACUCUCAGACGGCGUCCUCUCAAACAAAAGCAGUCCGAAAGAUGGCAACGACAGCGACGACGAUAUUCACUCGCUGAUUGACGAGUGGAAUUGGAGUUUUGGGACACUUAGACCCAGUGGCACCGUCAGAAAAGACGACAAGAAAGACAUCAGUCAGACGGAUAUGGCGAGAAAGUACGCAGCCUUAGAUUCGAGUGCGGAGGUGAGCCACAAUCGCCAGCAGAGUCGCAGCAGCUCUGUUAUUUCUAGGGAAAAAUCAAGACAGCAGUCAAGUAGUGAUUCUUCAGACGCCGAACGCAUAUGGAAUUAUCCGCCCACGCGAGCACGAGAGCAAAGUGAGCAAGUUGAGCAAAUUGAACAAAGUGAAACUUUCAGCAACCACCUCAAACACUUGUCGACAUUGAUAGACGAUACAAGUGAUCCAAAGCAAAUAGCCUCACUGAUGAUACUCAGAAACAGCUACAGGGAUCUUCACGACCAGAAUCACGACCUCUACACACAAACUCUAUACCACAAUUACAUGGUACAAGGCGACGCUAGCCCUCUACCAUACAAGACGAACGAGAUAUCAAAAAUGUUGUUUGACAGAUGGACUGAAGCGAUAAGUCAGAAAUAUUUAUUGUAA